CCCCCAGUAAUGAAACUUUGAUUUAUAUCUUUCCACAAACACCCAAAAACAUUAAAAAUAAAAGAUAUUUCACACAAUUUGGAUGUAGAUAAGUGAUGCAUAAUCAUUUGUUUUAACCUAAUUAACAACUGGAUCAUAUUGCUCUAAAUAUAAGCAUAUAUAUAUGUAGGGUGACCUCGGCGAUAUAGCCUUUAGGCGGGAUAGGGUUAUAGAUAAGCACCUGAAAGUGGAAAACACAAAUUGAAUGACUAAUGAUUAUUAAAAUAAAAAAAAAAAACUCGAAUGUACUGUAUACCAUUUUCGAAAUUAUAUCAUGUUAAUUAUGCGAAAUUAAAAAACGAUUGUGGAAAACAUAUAUGCACCAAUAAUAAUUAUUCUGAUGACCCCUCAAAGUUCCCUCUUUAGAGAUGGUCAUAGUCCUUGAAACUAGUGGUAAUAUUCUCUUCUUUGCUUACCACAUGUUUUGUGUUAACUCCUUAUCAACAAAACCAAAAAUGGUCAAUAUCAAUGAGACAAAGACAUACAUGUGAGCUGCCAAAUAAAAUUUUCCAGCUCUCAUAUAUUCACAAAACACCCCCUUUAUUUUUAUAGAUAAAUUAGAAACAAAGAGAAAAAAAAAAUAAAAAAAUCCAAAAAAAAUAGAAAAAAGAAAGGAGGAGAGAAAAUCAUGAGUCAGUGUAUAGUACCCAAUUGGAAUCUAAGUCACCAAAGACAAGACCUUAACCAAGGUGAAGGUAACAGAUCCUCUCACGUGGACUUAGUCUCCCAUCACAACCAUUUCCAGCAACACCAACAACACCAACAACAGAGCUUCUCUCAGCUUGUUCCCAUGGCAAAUUUUGAGGUAGCAGAGCUAACAUGGGAAAAUGGACAACUAGCCAUGCACGAAUUAGGAGGAAUUUUUCAGGCUCCAACGACUGCGCCAUCAAAGGGCACAUGGAAUGGUGGUGUAGGCAGGGUUACAGACACACUAGAGUCCAUAGUUCACCAGGCAACUUACUGCAACAGCAAACAAAGCCCGAAUUUAAUGACUGCCUCAGCAUCUCAUCAGCAAUCAGGCAUUCAGAACAUGGAAAAUGUCGGGUCAUCAGUUGUGGCGUCUUCUGGAGGAAAAUGGGCUGAGAAUUCUGGACACAUACAGACACCGGUAGGCCCACUGCCACCCCCUCCUCCCGGACUGAUGAAGAAACGGACACGCUCUGAGUCUGAAAAUUGUGCAGCAAGGAAUAAUACCAACGAUCAUGAGAUGAGCGCGUGUGCUAGUGCAAACGCUGCUUUUUGUAAGGACAGCAGUAACAACAACAACAACAACCAUAAUAUAAACAACAGCAACAACAACAACAACAAUAAUAAUAAUAGUAAUAUUAAUGACACUACUAUGAUGACAUGGGCGUCGUUUGAGUCUCCAAGGAGUUGUACAAGAACAAAGACUACCACCGACGAGGAUUCUGCUUGCCAUGAUGGCUCGGAAAACCAAGAAGAAGAGCGAGAAACAAAGGGAGAAACAGGUCGAUCAUACACAACAAGAAAAGGAAGGGCAGCUGCUGUUCAUAAUCAGUCUGAAAGGCGAAGAAGAGAUCGUAUCAACCAAAAGAUGAAAGCUCUGCAGAAGCUAGUUCCAAAUGCAAGCAAGACAGAUAAAGCAUCAAUGUUGGAUGAGGUGAUAGAGUACCUAAAGCAGCUUCAAGCACAAGUUCAGAUGAUGACUAAUGCGAGAUUUAUGCCCCAGAUAAUGAUGCCUUUAGGGAUGCAGCAACACUUUCAUCAGAUGUCCCUCUUGGCGAGAGUGGGAAUGGGAGCUGGCCUAGGAAUGGGUAUGGGCAUGCUCGACACAACUAGCAUGGGUGCCUCCCACCCAGCACCUCAGUCAAUGCCCUCAAUGAUUCAUCCUACACAAGUUGGCACUGCUACCUCUGCAUUUGUACCACCUGCCUUUGUCGUCCCUCAGAUGAUUCCUGCAUCUUCCCAGCAGGCAAACCCUGCAGAUCCCGGAACCAGCUGUUCUGCUCCUUUACAAGAUCCCUACAGCACACUUCUGGCACAGUCUAUGAACAUAGAUCUCUACAACAGGAUGGCAGCUUUACAGAGGCAACAACAGACAUCGUCACAACAAACAAGCAGUCAGUUACAUUCCAACCAUCACAUUCAACGGAGUUGAGGCGAUUGUUUAUGAUCUAGAGGUUUUUUUUAGCUCCCUUAGUGCAGUUUUGGUAAAAUGUAAAUGCAUUAGAUCAUUAGUUGUUGAUUAUAAGUUAAUUUCUUUUUUCUUUUACUGUGUUACAAUUGAUAUAAAGCUAUCUUCGAACAUAUAUUUGUACCAUCUAUACAAAAUAACCAUCAGAACAAUAUACAAUACAAGAAAAAGGAGUAGUUAAGGAAUGUUGUUCA